AUGGCCUCUCAAAUCAUCAGUCUUGUCCUCAUAGCCGGUGUACUCGCUUCCUCUACAUCCGCGGCUCGUAUUGCUUCAGAGCCUUUUCCAACUCCCACCGAGUCCGAUGCACCGACCACGACGACUACAACCACCAUUGCUAUCACUCAGUCUCCCACCCCCACCCCCUGUCCGCCGCCUGGACCAAUACCCUGCCCUCCGUUCCCCUACUGCGGCACCGACGGGUCGUAUACCCACACCAUCACGAUGAUUGGGACGAGGUGUGAGACGUGCGCUGCGUGUGCACCUGUUAGUGCUACCCGAGGGGUUCCUAUUCCAGCUCCUGGAACAACCUUAGGCGCCGGAUGCACACCACCUCCAAGCCAGGGCGGCGAUUACCCCGGUAUCGUUAUUUGUCCGAGUGGUCAAACGACGGCGAGGACGUGGACUGUGACGAGCUUUUGGCCACCGGAAUCGAAGACGAGUUGGUGCAAGUUGGCAGGGUGUUUUGAUUAUGAGCCUACGCCGACUCCUGAGUUAUGA